AUGGCUGAGAUAGACCUGUCCAUUGCAGAGCUGGAGGAGGAGCUGGCCGCCCUCUCCGUCGCCUACGCCUCGGUCAAGCACGAGCCGGUGGUGGUCGAGCAGAGUCUUCGCCAUAGCCACGACUACGCCCAUGGUUACGGCCACGACCUGGCUGACUCAGCCCCGCCGGACGUCUGGUUUCACGACGGGGACUCUGACGCCGCAAGUGCUGCUCUGUCGGUGCUGGCGGCUUCGGCUGGACCACCUUCUCUUGCUGCACAUCCGUCCCAGCCAGAGCCUCAGCCAGAGCUGACCCGCUCUGCCGUUGAGAUCGAGCUGAUCAGAGUCCGCGAGCAGAUCUACCUGCGCAACGAGGAGAAGCGCAAGGCGCAAGACGCCGCCCGACCGACUGACAAGGGCAAGGGCAAGUCUAAGGACAAGCUCAAGGCCAAGGGAAAGGGAAAGGCCAAGUCUAAGUCCAAGUCCAAGUCCAAGUCCAAGUCCAAGUCCAAGGGCGGCAAGUCCGAAGCCAAGAGCAAGGCCAGUGAUCACGCAACACCCAAAGGGACGGACAGUCGCAACAGCCUGCGCCGCCGCGGACGGAAGCGGAUCCACGUCUCGGCCCGCGAUGCAAAGUCUGGCUCGGGAUCGUCGAGCCCACUGUUCUCGUCGUUCUCGAUGACGGCGUCGUAUUCGGUCUCAGUCUCGUCGCCGUCCGAGCCCGCGGCCGACGCCGGAUCCUCCGGAGCCGCCGAUCCUGCCGCCAGCGGCCAGAUGCCAGCCGUGAGCCCUCCGACCGACGCCUGCGUAUGCGACCCUUCACCCACUGAUCCUGCGCUUGCCGCGUCUCGGCCGGCAGAGUCGGCUGCUGCCGCGUCCGAGGCCAACCCCGUCGCCGAUGCCGAUGCCGAUGCCGACGCUUCACCGCCGGUGGCACCGCCUCGGACUGCAGUGCGUCUUCCCCAAGAAGCCGAGAAGACCGAGCCAGACGAGCCAGUAUCGGCCGAACUCUCGUUUAUCGAGCUCGGACGGAUGGUACAGAGCGAGUGGCGGGCGAGCAACGUGGGACGGGCCAUGGAGCAGCGUGUUCUGUCCAACGGAAGCCGGCGGUUCGGCCUGCUGGAGGCACCGCCACUUCCACCGACUACCAUGGUGACGGCAAUGGGUAUGCCGCGGGCGCAGCCGACUGCCCGGCUCACGUCGCGGAUUGUGUUGCUUGGCGCAGCCAAGGCCGGCAAGACAGCAACGGUCCGGUCCAUCCUGGGCACAACGCCAGCCGACGCUGACAAGCGCUACAUCCCGACUCGCGGCAUGCAGACCUCGCGCAAGUUCUGGAUGGCGUGCAAGUCGCGGAACGAGCAGGUCAUCCUCCUCGACCUGCGCUUCGUCGACGUUGGCGCCACCGCCGCCACCGCCCACCGCAGCUAUCUGCAGACCGAGCAGAGGACGCUGUUUGCGCUCCCGCGCACCGUCAUGAUGCUUGUCUUCUCGGUUGCUGACCGCGCAUCGUACACCGCUGUCCUCACGAUGCUCACUCAGUUUACCACCGUCUCGGCCAUCAAGAUCCUAGUCGCCACUCAUCGCGACGUCGCGGCCGACAAGAUCGUCGUCUCCACCGACGAGAUGCUGGAGCUGUCGCGGUCCCGUGGCAUCCCGCUCUACUUUAUGUCCAACACGGCCUCACUGCAUGCUGCUGCUGCCGCUGCUGCUGCCGCCACGGCCACGUCGGCACAGCUGCAGCCUGUCGCGGGCCCUGUCGCUUCCUCCCCGGCCGCACCCGCUCCGCUUUCUGCCCACUCGCGCGGCACGGUCAUGAGCAUGGACGAGGACGGCUCAACCGAGCCAAACACACCCCGCCGCGACUCUCGGACUCCGACUGAGAUUGCCGCCGCUGCCGCCGCCGAGAUCGUCGCCGCCCAGCAGUCGGCCACCGCUGCUGCUGCCGCCGCUGCCGCCCAGCAGUCGGCCGCUGCUGCCCAGUCGGCCGCCGCCCACGACGUCGAGCUGCUCCUUAACGGUAUCGCCGAGCUCCUCGUUCGCCAGCAGCAGGAUACCCAGCUCCGUCAGCUGGAAAUGAUCAUGGCCCAGCAAGCCACCACCGCUGCCAACUAAGCCUGUACGGUUCAGUCACCAGGGCGCUUUGAUGCGCGUCCCCAAAGUGAACGACGCAGUGCAUGA